UAAAAGGGAACAAAUGUCAGCAUUGGCCACAAAACAGCAACUGAUUGUCUUCAACAAGUGUGAGAGACUGCCCCAUCUGCCUCAGCUUAUUGGACCACUGUGAAACAAUGAGAUUAAUAGCCGACUUAUUUCAGAGGUCUACUCUGUGUAUGAUUUUCUUGGGGAUAGGCACUGGGGUUUUGUUCAAAGUUCGUUUUCCCAUCAGUAAGAUUGCAGAAAAGUUGAUUGAAAUGGCAGGAGAUGUGCUUCUAAACCUGCUUCAGAUGUUCGCUGUGCCCCUCAUUGUGACCAGCGUGAUUGCAGGUGUAACUGAUUUAAACACCAGCUUGUCUGGGAAAACAGCCAUCUACACAUUAAUGUACAUUAGUGGCACCACCGCUCUGGCUAUAACUCUUGGAAUGACUCUAGUGCUCCUGAUUAAGCCUGGUGGGGACACAGUUAAACAAACCAAAUGGCAUGUCCAGGACUUCUCCAUGCAUUUGGUUUUCCUGGAUAUUGUUAGGAACUUGGUUCCAGAGAACUUCUUUCAGGCUUUCUACGAGCAUUACCAGACAGAAGUUGUUGAGGUCGAUCCAAUAGACAAUAGGAUUGUCUUUAGGUCAGCACUAAUAUCGGAAAAUGACACAGAGCUGCGAAUGAUGGGCAGUUAUGCUGAUGGAGCCAACAUGCUAGGACUGAUCGUCUGGUCCUUCAUCUUCGGCAUCCUUUUAAACCGGGUGGGACCCCGGGCAAAAGUCACUGUAAAGGCCGCUAAAGAAAUUAACAACGCAAUAAAAAUCAUAUUCAAGUAUGUCUUGUGGUACAUGCCAAUUGGAAUUUAUUUCCUGAUGAUAGAGCACGUGAUGGAAAUCAAACAGUGGAGUGCUCUCAUUAAACUUGGAAAGGUUAUAAUGGUCGUUUUUAUGGGGUUUGGAAUUCAUUCCCUCAUUGUUCUUCCCUUGGUUUAUUUUAUUUUCACCAGAAAGAACCCUUUUGUGGUCUUCCAGCAGGUUGACAAGGCUUUGAUAAACGCUCUCACCAUGGCAUCCAGCUCUGCCACUCUGCCUAUCACCCUUCAAUGCUGUGAAGAGAAAAUGAAGGUUGAUGUGAGAUUAUGCCGUCUCAUGUUGCCCAUCGUCUCCUCCAUCAACAUGAAUGGGAUGGCGAUCUACGAAGUGAUCGCUGCCGUCUUUAUUGCCCAGAUAUCUCAAAUCUACCUGAAUGCCCAGCUUAUAAUCUCCAUUGGUUUGACAAGUGCUGUUGCCAGCUUUGGAGCUGUAGGUGUCCCGAUGUUGGGACCUGCAAGCACCAUCCUGAUUCUGACAGCUGUGGGACUGCCUGCAAGGGGUGUGUCCAUUCUGAUAGCCUUUGAGUGGUUUAUAGACCAUUUUUCCACCAUGGUGAAUGUACUGAGUGACUGCUUUGGUGUAGCUGUCAUCAGUCAAAUGUGCAAGAAUGAGCUGAAAGAGGAGAGCAAUGACAUAAGGGUUCGUUCCAUCAAUCAGAUGCAGUUGGACUUGCUAUGUUUGGAGCCCAAUGACGAGAUCAACCCCCCCGCCACUCCCUCCCCUUCAACAUCCAUUUCACCUUCGUCAGUGGAUCAUCUCAGCACCAUAUCAAAACCAUCAAGCUGAAACCUCAGGAUUGGGACGUCAACAUCCUGGGGCGUCUGAGCUGAUAAUUUCCUUGUUUGCAUACAUUUUCAUUUGUAUUCAAGUUCUCUAGUACUUCAUUUUCUAGUUUUCUAGUAUUUUGUCUUUAUUGAAAUACUUCUCCAGUGUUUUCUCAAUAAAGAUCUGCUGCCGCA